AUUUCACUUUGCCUCUUCAGACGAAGGAAGACUUUCUGGGAAAAGCUUUCCCCAGCAUAAACAGAAAACAAAAAUGCUGACAUCUUGAAAAGAAACCCAGAAGAAUUGCAAUCACAAUACACGCACAUCGUGUUGUCAAUAAAAGUUUGCCAUUUGUGGGCAAAACACACAAUUAUAGGACUGAGAAACAUCAUAGAUCAGUGAAGAGCUCUUCAGCCUGUAACCUGCUGAGACAAUGGCUCCACGACCUGAACUGGAAGGCAACCAUCGCAAAGAUGGCCUUACGGAUCCACCCAUGCAUAUUGCAAUGAAUGGAUUUCCAGUAGAAAAGAAUGGGAACAUUAAGAAAGAACAGCUGGCAGGUGCUGAAGACUUGCCACCUGCUUACUCUACUAUCAACCUAGUAGACGAGGAGCCAGCUGAUGACCCCUGGUCCAUGCCAGAGCUGCAGAGUAGUGGGCCAAAGUUUUCAGAGCUGGACACCAAAGGGAAAACAGUGCGUGUUCUAAUCAGCAUUGCAAAGUUUAUUACCUUAGUUGGCCUUUUGUAUUUCUUCGUUUGUUCACUGGAUAUACUGAGCUCAGCAUUUCAGCUGGUUGGAGGCAAAGCAGCUGGUGACAUUUUUAAGGACAAUGCUGUCUUAGCUAAUCCUGUGGCUGGGCUAGUGAUCGGAAUCCUGGUGACAGUCAUGGUACAGAGCUCCAGCACGUCAACAUCCAUUAUAGUCAGCAUGGUCUCUUCUAGCUUACUUAGUGUACGAAAUGCUAUCCCUAUCAUAAUGGGGAGCAAUAUUGGCACAUCUGUUACCAACACUAUUGUAGCUCUGAUGCAAGCUGGAGACAGGAAUGAAUUCAGACGAGCGUUUGCUGGGGCCACCGUUCAUGACUUCUUUAACUGGCUGUCGGUCCUAGUGUUACUGCCCAUUGAAGCUGCAUCUGGCUACCUAUACCAUCUUACACAGGCAGUAGUGGCAGCGUUUGACAUCCAGAGUGGAGAAGAUGCGCCUGAUAUUCUUAAAGUCAUCACUGACCCUUUAACUAAACUUAUUGUCCAGCUUGACAAGUCUGUAAUCAGUGGAAUUGCUACUGGGGAUGCAGCAGCUCGAAACAAAAGCCUUAUAAAAAUAUGGUGCAAAACAGAAACAAAUGUGACAGUGCAGAAUGUGACUGUUCCAAGUGCUGACAACUGCACAUCAUCAGACCUCUGCUGGGAUAAUGGCGACUUCAUCUGGACUUCAAAAAAUGUAUCAGAAAAAAUAAACUUGGAAAAAUGUAAACAUAUAUUUGUCGAUGCUUCCCUUCCGGACUUAGCAGUUGGGCUGAUCCUGCUAGCCCUGUCACUGGUCAUUCUCUGCACAUGUCUCAUACUGAUAGUCAAGCUCCUGCAUUCCAUGCUGAAAGGACAAGUUGCUGUAGUAAUUAAGAAGGUCCUCAACACAGAUUUUCCAUUUCCAUUUGCUUGGCUUACAGGUUACUUAGCAAUUUUAGUUGGUGCAGGGAUGACUUUUAUUGUUCAGAGCAGUUCUGUUUUCACUUCUGCCAUGACACCUCUUAUAGGUAUUGGUGUCAUAAGCAUUGAACGUGCUUACCCCUUAACCUUGGGUUCCAAUAUCGGUACUACUACAACAGCAAUACUGGCUGCCUUAGCAAGUCCUGGAGAAACACUGGCCAAUUCCUUACAGAUUGCCCUGUGUCAUUUUUUCUUCAACAUAUCUGGAAUCAUCCUCUGGUACCCCAUCCCAUUUACCCGUAUACCAAUUCGAUUAGCAAAGGGCUUAGGUAAUUGUACAGCUGACUACAGGUGGUUUGCCGUUGUGUACCUUAUCAUUUGCUUUGCUGUGAUGCCUCUUGGUGUAUUUGGACUUUCCAUGGCAGGGUGGCAGGUGCUGGUGGGAGUAGGGGUCCCCAUUGUGGCCCUUAUAGUUGUAAUCAUCGUCAUAAAUAUUUUACAGUCCAAGUUACCAAACCUUUUACCAGCAUUCCUAAGAAACUGGAACUUCCUGCCUUCAUGGCUGCAUUCCCUCAAACCAUGGGAUGUCGUGAUAUCUGUUGUUACUGGCUGUUGUAGGAGAUGCUGCUGUAGCUGUUGUCGUCUUUGUGGCUGUGAUUAUUGUUGCAAAAGUUGUCCUGAAUGUGCUGAAGCUGAUGAUGAUGACAGUGUGGAAGUCAUUUCAAAGGAAAAACAAAGGGAAGCACCUGCAGCCUAUGAAAACACAGGGUAUGAAGAUGAAAACAAUGAUGUGGGAAACACACUUGCUAUUGAAAAUGAUAAGCCAAAAUCUAAAUCCACAAAGUUAUAGUGCAGCUGCAUAAUCCAGCAAAAGUAUAACAGUGUGCAUAGUGCAUUUUCCAAAUUCACUCGAAUUGUGACUUUGUACUUUAGGUUGUUUUGCUUAAUAUGUCUUUAAACUUAUACUGUACUACUCAAGGCAUAGAACCUAUUGAUUUUUUGCACAAGUCAAGAAAAAAAUGUAUUUUCAGUUUAUUAACUUUUUUGUAUAUGAAGUCAGAAAACCAGUUUGCUAGAAAAUUGCAGCACUCUAGAAAACCAGUUUGCUAAAAAACUGCAGCACUCUUUUCAGCAUAUAGCUCUGUUUGCUAAACAGCAAACUAUACUUGAGUUUCGUUAUCAUCAUUUUGUAAAGUUAUGUAACAAGAAGAGAACAUCAAAACUUAACAAGGAUCUCUCAUCAAGUGAUACCGGUCAGAAUGGUGUGUUAUUUGCUCAUAAAACUCUGAGAAGUGGGAAUACAGGCAAAUGGCACCAUACAGAAAACUUAGAGAGGCAUGAAGUAAAGGACUGCACCUAAAGGAAUGUAGGCUGCAGACUUGAUGGGCUUAGUCCAACAAGAAUUAGCUUAUCUUCAGGAAAGAUUGGAGGUUGUGUUUGUGCUGAUUAGGGAAAACUGACUAUAACAGCAGGGAAAUGCCUUACUCUUCUUGAUUCUUUCAGAAGAAAUACAUCCAAAAAUAAUGUGAUUUAAAUUUUGAUGGGAUAUACAGAGUGAGGGGUGAUAAAGAUUGAGAAAUGGUAACAUAAUAAUUACAGAACAGUACAACUUGCUACAUUUAGGAAAUUCUGCUAAAUGUCAGAGACUACUGAAUGGCAGAGGUAAAGAAGUCUGUUACUUUAAGUUGGUAAUAAGGGUAAUGAAAUAACAGAAAUGUCUACCAUCCAGAAAAUAAUACAUUCCAGUUAGCUGAACAGAGAGAAAUAGUUGUACUGUGUCCUACAUCUGACACACCCUGUAAGGCUGGCACUGUAUAGCUUUAGAAAACCGAAUAGAGUACUGUGGAUGCACACACUUAGCGGUGCCAGGAAUAAAAUUAUAAAUUAGCACAUAUCUUUCUUACCCUGCAGCUUUACAGUUCUGCUUUCUCCUGUGGCACUCUUUUUUUCUUUCUGUUUUUUCUAGCUACAGUUAUUACAAUACUUUUAUUGAUGUCCCCAUUUCAUGUUUUUCUAGCAACUCUCCACUGGAUCAGGGUAUAUGGUUCAUGGCUGAAAUGUAACAUAUAAAACCACUGUCUGAAAACAACAGUGAAGUCCCUUUUAUCCCAUGUGAAAAAACUAGGAAAGCUGUUUUUGUACUAUUUAUGCUCUACUGUGACUGUAGGUCUCUCUUGUGUUUACCAGUUUCUUGUUUACCUUUAUGUCAGUGUUACAGCCUACUGCUGUACUUAAUUGAAACUCAAGGCCUUUUUUCAUCCAUAAGUGCCAGGGUGUUGCUACCUUUGGAGGUAUUGAUUUCAGUACCUUAGGCAAUGUUUGAGUAAAAUUGUACAAGUAACUGGUACAGACACCGGGUUACUCUUCACUAAGAGUACAAUGCAUUGUGUCAGGUGGAACAAGUUCAGACUACCCUCCGUUACAGUUACAGCUAAUAGGUACGUUACAUCUUUGAGUGCAGGACUUGUUUUUAGAGGCCACAGUGCUUAUACAUCUGCAAUAAUGCUGAAACGAUGCUUCAUAUAUAUUCAUAUGGUAACCAUUUGAAAUGUCAGAACCUGCUAGACAGAGCCCUGAAACAUGGAGACUGAUGGGCCGAAAAAAUGGCCUUACAUAUAAUAAGUCCAAGAUGGCCAUUUCACAGGAUAUGCCAUUUUCUCCAAGGUAUGUCAAUCUCAGAGUUAGUAUAUAUAAGUCCAGGAGUGAGGAGAGUUUUCCCCCACAAUGGGAGAUGCAGGGGUGGGGCCUUGCAUCUUGCAAAAAAAAAAGAAGUCUAAAGGAGAAGAGUAAUGUUCAAGAUUCAUUCACCUCCUGCAUUUUUUAUCUGUUUUUUUCGAAGUGUGUUGGUGGUCGCCAUUUUGAGUGCUAACAUUUCAGUAGGGAACUAUGUUCCUACAUGUGUCAGUUAAUCAAUCCCACACAGGAACCAACAAAUAUAACCAAAACAAUUGGCCUGUUCCUGUGGCACAGUCAAAUAAAGCCAUGAGUAUGGCUCUGGCAACCCAAGCCUGAUUUGUGUCUCAGACACCUAACAACACAGGUGGGGAGGAUAGGCCCUUCCAAAAUCAAAUGUCAGUAAAUAAAUAAAUCCUUGGUGGAAAAGAUGGGUUCAUGCAUGCUUGGGGUAUCUGCCUUAUGUUUAGAUAUAACCUCUGAGGUGCAAACCAGGAAGACUGCAUGCAGGUGUCCUGGUAGACAGGCAGCAAAGUCAUACUGGCGUAUACCCCUUUUAAAUGUGAGGAGUGGUCCUGUGUACAACACUCCUUUCACACUUCCAUUCUGAGAACCAUGAUUUUGAGAAAGCACAGGAGAGUUUAUACUUAUAAGUUAAAACCCUGAUGGCUUAUAUGAAUGGCUCUCACCCAUUGGACAAUACAUAGCAGAGAGUUCAAUGGUUAUUAGGCAGUGGAGAAAAUUACAAAAAAAAAAGAAAAAAAUAAUCUGAAAUCCACAAAUCAAGACAACCACGCAAACCAACAACCAGUUUUGUUGAAAAGUAAAUUGCUUAACAAAAUGCAUAUCAACGCAAACACAAUCCCAUCAAUAACAAAAGUGAAAAAAAAUUUCAAUCCAGAAAGCAUAGACAAUUUGUGCUUUUGAACAUUAUGCCAAAUGUACUGUGAAAACAAAAAACACAAUGUUCACAUGGCAGAACAUUUUGCUUGGCACUCUUGAUGUGAGUCUGACCAAGUAGUUUAACUAAUCAGUACUCAAGGCCUGAGUCUGAAAAGGAUCCAUGUGGAUCUGUGCUUUAAACAGCCGAACAAAUGCAAAUAAAUAAACACCUGCUGUCUAAAAGCUGCGAAGCAGACAGACAAUGCUCAUUAAGGCCAAUAAACACCCCAUAUUGUAUUAUAAAUUUGCAAAGCUCUUUCCAACGCCAAAGAAAAAAAUAAUGGCAAACUCUUGAACUGAUUCUUUAUCCCCAAAAAAACAUGCUCAGAAAACAAUUGUUUCAACAUCCUUCCUUUUCUUAAAAACUGACAUUUUAUACCCUUAUAGUUGCUUAUGACAAAUCCAACAUAUUUAUCAUUGUAAUAAAAAUCAAAAGAUGUGUCUGACUAGAUUUUUGCAGAACAGAUUAGCUAAAAAGUACAAUACCUUAGUGGCCAAUAAUCAGGAUCAGAUUCUUUCAGAUAAAAUCCAAGACAUCCUUUCAGCUUCACAAGGGCAAACCUACCAAGAGGUUACAACUGCUGGCCCUUCAACAUCUGCAGCAUCUUGCAAUAAUUGACAAGUGAUGUUUCCACUAGUGGAAUUUUCUUCAUCUUGUCUUUCAUUACAACCACAAAGUUGGUCAAAUCCAGGAAAUAAAAAUG